CUUUUAGUUUAAAAUAUAUAGUAUGCUAACUGAUUUAAAUAGUUCCAGCUUAAUUUUAAAUUCCAGAUACGUGUCAACUAUGUAUUGGUUAUUCAACAUAUUCACAUUAAUACUGAUUAUUCAAACAUAUGCUGAUGAUAACAACGAAAAUUGUACUUUAAAACAAUCAAAAUUGGCAUUACAAAAGUGCAUGGUGUUGUAUGAUAUUUCAAUUGAAAAUGAAAAUAGUAAUUUAUUAGAAGCUAAAUUGGAAAAAUUAUCAUGCUUACUUCUUAAAAUGAAGAACAAAAAAGAAGCUAUAAAAUUAACAAGAUUAGAAAUAAUCAAAGUUGCCUGUAAAAAUAGACUUAGUAACAUUAAUUAUGAAAAAUGCACAUCUUUGAUGAAUGAAUGUAGUCACAGAUUUUUUGAUAUAAUAAUAAAUUAUGCUAAUUAUGACUACGAUGAAAUAUUAUUGAAUACAAUUGGUAAUAUAACAAAUAAAGAAGGCAAAUUAUUACAGAUAUGUGAAAAAAAAGUUGAUCUAACUAAAGAGGAAAUGGAUAUUGAUACAUUAUUUGAUAAACGUUCAAAGCUAAGUAAAUGUUUGUACGAAAAUUUUCAUUUGCGAUCAUACGAUGUAUAUGAAGAUUUGAUUCAAGAUAUUUCAAAUUAUAUAUGUUUAAUAUUAAAAUUAAAAAACAAAAAACAAGCCAAACAGGAUGUACAAAAGGGAAUAUUUAAUAUUAUAUUUCAAAUAAAACAAUUGAAAGAAAACGUUAAAGGCAAUGACCUUAUCAGUUGUAAAAUGCAAAUAGAAAAAUGUGUCAAGCUUUUUAGGAAGGAUUUAUUGGGUAUUCAUAAAUUUUAUUCUCGACCUAUGAAUUAUUUUGUAGAUGAACUAGGUGAUAUCAUUAACUCACGAGAAGAAAAAGUUUUGAUCUGCCAUCAAUAAAAACUUUAAAUAAAAAAUUAACAGGGAUCUUAUUAAUUUACCGUAAAUAAAUUAUAACUUUUAAAACCAGAAAAAUUUUUUUUUUUUUUUAAGGGAAUUCUAUAAAAUACUAUUGAAUGUAAAUGUUGUACACUAAUACAUAUUAAGAUGAAACGAUUUAAAAUUCUACGUCGCAAUAGGUUAGAAAAAUUGUGUUACUGUAAAAAUGUACAGAUAUGAAUCUGUAGAUAUUGUUUAAUUUUUAAAAGGAAUUGUUGGAUUAUUCAAAAAACAUCAUCAACUUCUAUUUCCUUAUAUACUGAACCUCUGCAAAAGUGUAUAUAUGUAUAAGUGUAUAACUUUACUAAAUGAUUAUAACGUUUUACAUCGCA